AUGUUAGAAAAAUUUUUAGGUAAAUAUAAUAAAAAAUGGUUAAUAUCAAAUGACCUAACAGCGGCUGAUUUUCAAUUUUAUGAACAUAUUGAUGUUUGUUGGUUAAUCACAAAUGAUUCAUGGAAAGAAUAUCCAAAUGUUUUAAAGUAUUUGAAAAGAUUUCAAGAAAUACCAGAAUUAAAACCUUAUUUACAAAGUCAAGAGUAUAGAAGUAUGGCAAUAAAUGCAAAAUUUGCUCGUUUCGGUGCCGGUGUUGAAAAACAUCAAGACAAAAACUAG